AUGGAACCGCCAAAUCAAAACGACGACGAUGAUUCUUUCUUCGACGCGCUCGACGAUUUCCCCUUUCACGAUUGCACAGUCACCGACCAAUUCGCUAAUUCAACGUCAACCUCCACUCUCUCCAAACCUACUUCAUCUCCGGUCUCCAUUCCCCGGCGCCGUUCAAUUUCUCGCCGUGGAAUCAAAGACUCCACUGCAGAUUUCUCUUCGAUCAGUUCAGAUACCGUAAUAAUUGAUGACACCGAAACGAGGAGUAGAGAGAGAAGGCUUAAAAUUUAUUGCGAUUUGAAGGGAAAUGAAAAGAAUUUGGAGGGCGCUGAGUCAGCACGGUCGAUUCCUUACCAAGUUGACUCAUCAGCGGUGGGAGGUGUUGGGGAGGAGGCAAAGAAGGAGGAAUCGACGGUGACGACAGCGAAUGUCGACCGAGUUAGUGACUCGGUCGACUCAGCGGGUGAACUCGGCGAGUCGACAAAUUUGCUUGUGUUUAUAGCUGGGUUGGUGAUUAAGGCAAUUGGAUUCCAAGUUAAUUUAUUUGUUUAUUUUAUCACAUUUCCGUUGUGGGCUUUCUAUUAUUCUUAUAUGCUAGCUGUUGAUCCAUUUGGAGCUAUAAGGCGGGGUAAAGGAUUUAUUGUUCGAAAGUUGGUUUCUUUGCGGAAUCUGAUUGGUGGGAUUUUUGGUUCGUUUAUAGAUGAUUGGUUAAAGGAACAUAAAACAAUAUGGAAGCUUUUGAUGCAGUUUGGGUGGGGUUUGUUUUGGUCAUGUUAUGUUUGUGUCAUUUUGUGUGGAUUAUUGGUGUUCUCAGUUAUGCUUAGUGGGUGGUUAAUGAGAUAUUUUGUGGAAGAACCGAUACAAAUAAGGCAGGAUUUGAAUUUUGAUUAUACGAAGAACAGUCCGGUUGCAUUUGUGCCUGUAAAAUUUUGUGGUGGUGUUGCUUGUGGUGUAAAUUGUAAGGAGAAUAUUGGAGAUGUCAAGAGCUUAAAGACCCGGGUUAUACCGCCUAAUCACAAGCUGCAAGUUUCUGUUUUGUUGACACUGCCAGAGUCAGAUUAUAACAGAAAUCUUGGGGUUUUUCAGAUCCGUGUGGACUUCCUCUCUGCUGAUGGAAAAACCCUUGCCAGCAAAAGUCAUCCAUGCAUUUUAAAAUUCAAAAGCGAGCCUAUCCGCAUUUUAUUGACUUUUCUUAAGAUUGCACCACUUGUUGCUGGUUACAUAUCGGAAUCCCAGACUUUGGCAUUGAAGAUAAAAGGUUUUACUGAAGGCUAUGUACCUACUUCCUGCUUGAAGGUGAUAAUUGAACAACGAGCUGAAUACAGGCCUGGAGCUGGUAUCCCUGAAAUAUAUGAUGCGUCUAGGAUUACGUCAGGAAAUGCUUUGGGAAGAUCAAAUAAGAAAUUCAAAGCGAAAUCCAAAUUCUCAAAAGAAAUGGAAAUUGGAAUACGUCAUUGCAUCCUGGAUUUCAUGAAUGGUGGCGGGAGGAUUAUCUCUCGUGACUAA